CGAGAUUUAUCCAUCAUCACUUUUGACAAGAGGCUGCCUAUACAAUCUUGCCAAAGAGCAUCAUUACCAUCCUUUGAUGCUUCUUUCGAGAGCAUUAUACAAUACAUAUAGAUUGGCAAGAACUUCAUCACUACGCUCUGCCUCACCUCGUGGCUAUUUGACAUCUGCUUCGAAGGCGGCUACACAUUUUCAGUCUAUUCGACAACCAAUCACUUCUAGAGCCAUUCACACAGAAUCUGACAUCAUGUCAAGCGAACAAGAAGCAAAGAUCGCGGCUGCAAAAGCUGAAGUUGAAGCACAAGCAGCCAAAGUACAACAAUUAGAAAGCGAGAAUGCAAGUGCAUCAGAACGUUUAGCAAACGAAAACAAAUUGAAAGGUUUGGAAAAGAAAUUGGCAAUGAUCACAUUGGGAGAAGCAAGUGGUUCUUCUGCCAAAAAAGAAGCUGUGAAAUUCACACUCAAAACACCCAAAGGAACAAGAGAUUGGGAACCUCUCUCGAUGGCAUUACGAACAAAGAUCUUUGAUACGAUUGCAACUCAAUUCAAGAAGCACGGAGCGGUAACGAUUGAUACGCCUGUAUUUGAGCUCAAAGAGAUCCUAUCAGGAAAGUACGGAGAGGAUUCGAAGCUCAUUUAUGAUUUACAAGAUCAAGGUGGUGAAUUGUGCAGUUUGCGUUACGAUUUAACAGUUCCAUUUGCCCGGUUCGUUGCAAUGAACCCGGCCGAAUAUGGAAACAUUAAACGAUACCAUAUCGCAAAAGUGUACAGACGUGAUCAACCUGCUAUGUCAAAAGGACGAUUUAGAGAAUUUUAUCAAUGCGAUUUUGAUAUUGCAGGUCAAUACGAUCCAAUGGUACCUGAUGCAGAAAUUUUGUUAAUCACAUGCGAAACUUUAGACGCACUAGGAUUGGAAGGAUUCACGAUCAAGCUCAAUCAUCGUAAGAUUUUGGAUGGUAUCUUUGCCGUUUGUGGUGUACCAGAAGACAAGAUCAGAACAAUUUCCAGUGCAGUAGACAAAUUGGACAAGAGUCCUUGGGAGGAAGUCAAACGGGAGAUGGUUGUCGAUAAAGGUUUGGACGAAGGCGUUGCAGAUCAGAUUGGUACAUACGUUGGCCGAAAAGGAGGACGUGAUUUACUGGAGCAGCUGCAAAAAGAUGAACGUUUAGGCUCUCACAAACAGGCAAAAGAAGGUAUUCGUGAUAUGGAAUUGCUAUUUGAUUAUCUUGAUGUCUUUGGCAUUACCGGAAAGAUGUCAUUCGAUUUGAGCUUAGCACGUGGAUUGGAUUAUUAUACAGGAAUUAUCUAUGAAGCAAUCACUGCUGCUUCUGCACCCCCCGGCUUUUCAUCCAACCCUCCAACAGCUGAUGUCAAUGGAGAAUCUGCAGUGAACAAAGUUAGCAAGAAGAAGAGCAAAUCCAACAAAGACGACGAUGAAGUGGAUGAGAGCAAAGUAGGUGUAGGAUCAAUCGCAGCAGGUGGAAGAUAUGACAAUUUAGUAGACAUGUUCUCCAGCAAUAAAAAGAAGGAAGGUGUUCCAUGCGUGGGAAUUAGUAUUGGUGUCGAACGUGUAUUUGCGAUUUUGAUGGCCCGUUUGAAAGAAUCACAAGCAAAAGGUGUACAAGACGUACGUGCGAAAGAUGUUGACGUUUUCAUUAUGGGAAUGGGAGGAGAUGGAAUGUUGAAAGAACGAAUGAAAGUGGCAAAAAUGUUAUGGGAUGCAGGAAUAAAGGCAGAAUACAUGUACAAAACCAAACCAAAAGUACCCGCACAAUGGACAACGAUCGAUCGAGAUGGAGUUCCAUUGGCAGUGAUGAUUGCACCUGAUGAAUAUGGAAAAGGAUUAAUUCGAGUAAAAGAACAAAAAGGUAAAGAUUCAGCCGAAGGACAAGGAAAAGGUGAAGAAGUGAAAUUAGAAGAUAUGGUGGCAUACAUCCGUCAAAAGUUGUCCGCUUGAUUCAGUUUCUUUUUAAACAAUCCCGGACGUGAUUCAUUUGUACUCUGACA